AUGUUCAAAGGAAAGUAUAUCGGAAAAGGAAAAUACAAGAAGAAGAAGAAGAAGAAGAAGAAGAAGAAGAAGAAGAAGAAGAAGAAGAAGAAGAAGAAGAAGAAGAAGAAGAAGAAGACUCAUGCUAUCUGUCACGAGAAAAAGCUGAGGACAGAAGAUUCGCAGAUGUGA